UCAAUUGCAAUUUGACAACGACCAAUGCACUCUGGAGGCGGGGAAUGUAGCAUUCAGCCUUAGUGUCUUGAUAGUGCAGACCGUGUACACAUGGCAGUGCUAAGGGAACUCGUAGUUUUCCCUUCAAAAUGUUUUAGGGGGGUUAGAUCUUUUUUUUUUUCUACUCCGCUGUCGCAAAAUGGAUCUCUUAAACUCAACGAAUCAGUUUCAAAAGACGGUCAUGCAUUGGAUUUCGAACAGAGCGAUACGAAAAAAAUUAGCAAAGCCAUGAAAUCAUACAUGGAACGUGCAAAAAUCCAUGAUAACUUUAUCAAACAACAACUGCAUGAAUACAACAUUGGAAAACGACAUUUGGCUAACAUGAUGGGCAAAGAUCCUGAAUUCUUCACUCAAGAAGAUGUUGAUGAAGCUAUCAGCUAUUUAUUCCCGUCAGGAUUGUAUGAUCCACGUGCAAGACCCAUGAUGAAACAUCCUGAUGAAAUUUAUCCCAAACGCAAAGCUGCAGAAUUUGAUGUUAAUGGCCGACCCUAUCACAGUUUGUUCUACACAUCAAAACCAAAUUACUACACACUCAUGCAUGAUUUAGCAGUAAAAUUUAAACAACUGGAUAGACAUGAAGAUAAGAUAAUAAGCAGGGGGAUCCAAGACCAAAAACCUACAGAAUUGUUUCUGUUUGGGUCUGAGUGGAUACCUAAACAAAAAAUUGAGAAUGUUCUUCUUGAGUCAUUGACCGAUGCCCAGUAUGCGAAUUUGAUUAAAACGUUUGAACGCUUUAGCCAACAUCCAUAUUCUGCUAUCGAAAAAAAUUUCAUUAUGCAAUUUCGACGUCAACUCGCUGCCCAAGUUGAAAUACAACAAGUUCCGGAGUUGAUGCGCGAUGAAUCGGGUCGUCCCUACAUGACGUACAAUGCCCGGCGAAAGACCUCUAAUGCUACGGUGAAAGUCACUGGCCAGGGUACUGGUGUAAUUAGCAUUAACGGAACAGAUAUACACUUUUUCCAAAGAGAACAAGAUAAAAAGCAGAUAAUUUUCCCUUUACAAUUCAGCGAUAUGCUAGGGAAAGUUGACGUUGCGGCUACAGUGGACGGCAUUGGCACCUCUGCCCAAUCAGGUGCGAUUCGGCUUGGCAUUUCUAUGUGCCUGAGAUCUUUCGUAAACGCAGAGACCAUAGAGCGCAUGCGUUUGGCCGGACUUCUUUCCUUUGACCCGCGAACACGUGAAAGGAAAAAACCCGGACAAGCUGGUGCUCGAGAAAAAUUCACGUGGAAGAAACGAUAGUCAACUUUGAAGUCUUAUGGAUGAGUAAAUAAAAAUUAACCAAUAAAUUUA